AUGCCUUACACUCCGCCUUCACAUCGAUCUCCUGCCUCCUCAGCGUCAAACUCACCUGAUGUGAGUCGUCGCUCAUCCUUUCAGUCUGGCCCGAGACCCUCUCUCCCUCGUUCUGCGUCGUAUCUGAACAAGCAUCGACGAACACCAUCGGUCACUACAAUUAAUUCCGUGCCGAGGACAUCUACUGGCUCCUAUGGCUCAGAGGAGGCAAAACCUGGGAUGUUGAGUUUGGGAGGCAGCGUUCGCCAAUCGCCACCACCUGCAGUCGACGGCCGCGAGCUUAUCCCCAAAGGCGCCAUGAUCUCGCCUCCAGAGUCCCUUACAUCGGGAAGUGACGAGGAUGAGCCUCCAGAGAUCAAGAGUCGCCGUACAGUUGUCCUCAGGGACCUGAGAGAAGCAGUCAGCCAAAUAUCAAAGGCCGCAACGCCUCCCCCUCAGCAAACACAACCCAAGGAGACCACUCCUCCGAGUCUGCGCGUGAGCUUCAGUACCAGUGCGCUGAGUGAGAUGCCCAGAGGCGGUCGGAAAAAUGGACAUGUGCGCGCAGCAACCGAACCCAAUGCGUCAAUACUGAAGAAAUCGGGUAGCUCUUUGACUGCAUCUGAGGAGGAAACAGAUGAAGAUCUGAGAUACAAGCCACAGAUGGUACGGAAAAAGUCUGGUGAAUUGGUCCGGCCUGCCUUGCGUGGUCACAGACGCCCCUCUAGCAUGCCGGGUACUCCAGUGUUUUCCAAGGCUGUUCACUUUGAUUCUCAUCUAGAACACGUCCGUCACUUCCUACAAGUUGAUCGACCACUUGCUGUGAGUGCCGGUUCAUCACCAGCUGAUAAUUACGAUAGCGAUGCGGAGUACCCCUUCCCCAAAGAUGGUCGCGGUAAUAAAUCCCCUCCUUUUGAAUGGGAGCUUGCUACCCCCAACUUUCCCCACGACUCGCUUGUGCGCAAGACGAUGCCCGUGAGGUUGGAGAAGGUGUGGCUUUCAAAUGAUCACAAGUCCCUUCUAGGAUCAGUCGCAGUCGCCAACUUGGCGUUUCACAAAUCAGUCGUCUGUCGCUUCACUUUGGACUAUUGGAAGACUGUAUCGGAGGUCAGCGCAGAAUACAGUCAUGAGAUUCGCCCCCGCGAAACCCCGGAAGGCCAUGAUCGCUUCACUUUUACCAUCAAGCUUUCAGACUUGGCUGACCUGGAAUCCAAGACACUUUUCUUCUGUGUCCGUUUCAUGGUAAAUGGCCAAGAAUACUGGGACAACAAUAAUUCAACCAAUUUUCAAGUCGAUUUCAGGAAGAAGCAUCUACCGCAGAAUGGUAAGAAUAACUUCCAGGGAGCUUCCUCCAGACCUCUGAAUGGCUUGCCUCGAAGUAACCGCAGACAAAAUGGUGGGAGUACACUUCGUCCUAUGUCCAUGCCUGCCUCGCUGGAUGCCUUUGGAAAUAGCAAUGGAGUCUUCAAGUUCGACCAGCCUAUUCACGAAUAUCUUGGUGAGUCGGACUCUGCGGGAGGUCUCCGGUUCAAGUCAAAGUCGUCGUCCAGUCUAGCAAGCGACAAUGUUGCCAAGGACAUGGUGUCGCCCAGUGGAGUUGCCUUUUCUAACCGAUACGACUUUGGCGCUUCGCUCAAUGCUGCUGUCAAGGCGGCUAAGGACGCAACCUCGAGCCAGUCCAAGCUCAAAGAGAAGGAGAACGACACGCUCUAUAUGAAGAGAAAUGUUCGAGGAUCUGAAUCCUUCGUGUCGCCACCCGUUGACGGAAGCUCACCAAGAGGGCUGGACUCCCCUACCGCGAGUCUACCCAGCGCCUCAUAUGAGGAACUCGUCAACAAGUAUUGCUUCUUUGGCUCUACACCGAAAGCAAGCCCUCCCAUGAGAGAUGGGACAUUUAAGAUUGGGACACCGGAGGGAGCAAGAUCGCAGGUCUAUGGCUCAGGCAGUUACAUGUCUUUGGCGCCUGUUGAGAGUCCAGCUCCGCGUCGUCAUGCCGGCGCGGCUGCUCACCAUAACCUCGACUUGGGACACACGAAUCCAUACUUUCCAUCGUUCAUGCAGCCGUCGACCUCACCCAACUCAACAGGGAAUUCGAAGUUGAUGCCUGACCACUCAAUUUCAGCUGCUAUUCCUCCUAACCUGGGACGGUCCACCCCACCGACCUUGGCAUCUGGCUCAGGAACCCCUGCAAGCGAUGGAAUUUCCGACCGUUUUCCCUGGACAUCUGAGGCGCACACUGCAACAGCCAUCCAGGGCUAA